UUAGGUGUCGAGCAUUUCUCGUUACCGUGUCGCUACGGCGCGAAAGUACUUAAAAAAGUAUUCAUCGUCUCACGUGUACACGCCUAACAGGAAUGAAAACAGAAACGAAUAAUGAAGAGCGGAACGGUCAUCGAAAUCCGGCAUUCGUUCCGGACGAGAAAGAUGAAAAUCCGGUUGGCGAAGAUGAAAAAUCGAUCUCUCGACGCUCGGAUGCAGAGGAAUCGGUGAUUAGACACACGUGGAACAACGAGAUCGAGUUCCUCAUGUCCUGCAUCGCGAUGUCCAUCGGUUUCGGAAACAUCUGGAGAUUCCCGUUCACCGCCUAUGAGAACGGUGGCGGCGUUUUCCUGAUACCGUACGUCAUCAUCCUCUUCAUCGUCGGGAAACCUUUCUACUAUUUAGAAAUGAUCAUAGGACAGUUCUCCUCGUCCUCUUCGAUCAAAGUUUGGAGCCUGUCACCCGCGUUCGUUGGUGUCGGAUGGUCCCAGUUCUGUUCGACCAUCGCGUUGAUGACUUAUUAUAGUUCGCUGAUGGCUUUGACGCUUUUCUUUCUGAUCGCCUCGUUUUCCACCGAGUUGCCCUGGGCAAAGUGUCGAGAAGGAUGGGACAACUGCUUCGAUUCUAGCGGCAGUAAUGGCAACACGUUCGCCGAACUUCUGAGUGGAAGCGGAGUAAAUAAGAGAAGCUCGGCGGAACUCUAUUUUCUCAAAGUUGUCCUCCGAGAGAAGGAUAGUAUCGACGAUGGGAUCGGGUUGCCAAGUUGGGAGUUGACGCUUUGCCUGCUCGUCAGCUGGGCGACGGUCGUUCUGGUCACGUUCAGGGGUGUGAAGAGCUCCGGCAAAGCUUCCUAUUUUCUCGCGAUCUUCCCGUACGUGGUUCUGAUCAGUCUGUUGAUCAGGGCAGCGACUCUGGAAGGUGCUGGCACUGGAAUCUUGUACUUCGUCGAACCGAAAUGGAACAAGCUGUUGGAGCCAGAAGUUUGGUACGCAGCCGUCACCCAAUGCUUCUUCUCCCUUUCAGUUUGCUUCGGGGCGAUCAUCACGUAUUCGUCGCACAAUCAAUUCAAACACAACAUUUACAGAGACGCGAUGAUCGUGACCACGCUCGACACCGUGACGAGUUUCAUAGCGGGAUGCACGAUCUUCGGAAUUCUCGGUAACUUGGCCCACGAGAUGGGCGUGGAAAAUAUCGACGAGGUAGUCAAGUCCGGGGCUGGCUUGGCCUUCAUCUCUUAUCCUGACGCCAUAGCAAAGUUCGAGUUCCUGCCGCAACUCUUUUCAGUACUGUUUUUCGUGAUGAUGUUCGUUUUGGGAGUGGGCAGCAUCGUGGGGAUGGUAUCCGGGGUGAUAGCCUGCUUGCAAGACAAGCUUCCGCGUUUGAAAAUUUGGAUGAUCGUCGUCCCGGUUUGCCUGAUGGGUUUCGCCGUCAGCACUAUCUACGUCACACCGGGAGGUCAAUUUUUAUUAACGCUGGUCGAUUACUACGGCACGUCGUUCGUCGUGUUCAUCUUGGCUUCGUUCGAGAUCACCGCCAUAAUGUGGGUCUACGGCUUAGAAAACUUGUUGGACGACAUUGAAUUUAUGCUAGACAGGAAAACGAGCUGUUAUUGGAAGAUCUGUUGGAUGAUUGUCACGCCGUUCAUUUUGAUCAUAAUUUUCAUUUACACCGUUGCGACCCUUUCUCCGUUGACUUACGGCGACAGAAGUUAUCCGGCAUCGGCCCACGCAGCUGGCGCUACUCUACUUUGCUUCAGCGUUCUCCAAAUUCCAUUUUGGAUGAUCGUCGAGAUGCUCAAAAACAGACAUCUCCCAUUUUCGCAAAAUUUGAAAGCGUGUUUCCAACCAACGAAGGAAUGGGGACCGGUGGAAACAAAACAUAGAAGAGCCUGGCUACAGUUCAAAGAAGAGAAACAAAAAGAGAGGAUGUUUAGGACAGGGCCGAGGUGGCUGCAAUUAGCGAACAUCCUAAUUGGUAGAAACGAAGAAAAGCACGUUGGAGACUGACACGGAAUCUCCUAGGACAUUAUUUUCAUUUCGAUCGCCAUUAAAAAAUAUAUACGACCAUGCCUCGAUACUUUUUUUAUAUGUAUUCGAAAUAGACGGUAUCUUCGGGAAUAGAUGAUAAAAGAUUUCUAUCAAUGCUGCCUCUCCAUCUAAUUUAUCUCUUGAAAAGUCUUAUCUAAAAAUCGCUUUUAAGAAUGUUUCGAAUCUGUAAG